AUGGCGCUGGACAUGAACAUACGUGAGUUGUUAGUAAUCAGGGACUCCAAUUUGCUCAUAAAUCAAGUAAAAGGCAAUUGGGAGACCAAAAAUGAUAAGAUACUCCCAUAUGUGAAUCUGGUACAAAGAUUGUGCGCGAGAUUCAAGAGUAUUGACUUCAAGCAUACUCCAAGGGCUCAGAAUGAGUUCGCAGGCGCAUUGGCUACAAUAGCAUCUAUGAUCCAGCACCCUGAGAGUACCCAUAUUGAUCCAUUAGAGAUCACACUGAGAGAAGAGCAGGCUCAUUGCGCACAUGUCAAGACCGAGCCAGGUGGCCAACCAUGGUAUGCCGACAUUAAAGCCUACCUGGAAAAAGGAAAGUAUCCCCCAGAGAGUUCCGCAAAUCAAAAGAAGACCAUCGGGAGAUUGACCACUGGUUUCGUUUUGAACAAGUGUUGUACAAAAGGACCCCUGACCUCGGAUUGCUCAGAGUGUGGUGCUCGUCAACGAGGCUUUCGUCCGUACCCAGCAAGAGGUGGACGAUCUCAAGGGCCAGCUGGAUGCUCAAAGCUGAGAGACGGAGAAAUUUCAUCACCUUCUGCAGGUGAAGGAGGAUGA